UGUACCUCUGGAUUCAUGAUGGCUUGUAUGUGGAUAACCGCUCGCAGAGGCCGAUGGCGAGCACUGUUUUUCAUUCUUUGUCUUUUCCAGCUGAGCUCAGUGGCUGGACAGGCUCGCUACUCCGUACCAGAGGAGCAGGCAGAGGGCUCUUUUGUUGGAAACAUCGCUAGAGAUUUAGGCUUGGAUGUGGCGAGGCUCGUGUCAGGUAAAGCUCGUAUUAUUACAAAAGGAAGCCGACAGUACGUUGAUUUAAACCGAGACAAAGGCACCCUUGUGAUUAAAGAGAGAAUCGACCGAGAAGAGCUGUGUGGAAAGACGACGCCCUGUAGCUUCAGUUUCGAGGUGAUUUUAGAAAAUCCAAUCCAGCUUUAUCGGGUCACAGUGGAGGUAACAGACAUAAACGAUAACAGUCCGUCGUUCCCAAAGGAUGAAAUUAACUUGAAAAUCGCUGAAAAUGCUGCAUCGGGGUCUCGUUUUUCGCUAGAGAGUGCGGACGAUCCUGAUGUUGGUAUUAAUGAUAUUCAAAAAUACCUCCUUAAACCUUCAGAUAAUUUCAAAUUGGAAGUACAGAGCCAGCCUGAUGGAGGGAAAUCCAUCGAAAUGGUUUUGCAAAACCCGUUAGACCGAGAGAAAGAGGAGACUCACUCUCUCGUGCUGAUUGCGUCAGAUGGAGGAGAGCCACACAGAUCAGGGACGGUGCGUAUUCAUAUCACUGUGCUAGAUGCUAACGAUAAUGCACCAGUGUGCAGCCAGCCUGUUUAUAAAGCAGAUGUAAAGGAGAAUUCUCCUGAAGGAACAGUGGUAACCACAGUGAGUGCAAAUGACGCAGAUAAAGGAGUCAAUGGAGAGGUAACAUUUUCCAUAGCUCAUGUUGCCAGAGAAGCGAAGCAGCUUUUUGAAGUAAACGUUAAAACUGGAGAGAUUAAAGUUGCAGGUAAACUGGACUUUGAAAAAUCUAAAACUUAUCAAUUAAAUGUCCAGGCCAGUGACCACGGAGGAUUUUCGGAUAAGUGCAAAGUUAUUAUUCAAAUAAUUGAUGAGAAUGAUAACGUCCCUACAAUUCAGAUGAUGUCAUUUUCUAACUCUAUAUCGGAGGAUUCUCCUCCAGGUACAACUAUAGCUGUUAUUAACGUUGAUGACGAAGACUCUGAUGGUAACGGUGUUGUCAAGUGCUCCAUUAACUCUGACAUACCUUUCAAAAUCGAGUCUUCAUUAACAGGAUAUUAUACUAUAGUAACAGACAACUUGUUAGACAGAGAAAGUAUUCCUGAGUAUAACAUCACCAUAACCGUCUCUGACCAAGGCUCCCCGCCUCUGACUAGCAGUAAAAACAUCAAUGUUAAAGUUUCUGAUGUGAAUGACAGCCCACCCAAAUUUGACCAGUCAGAAUACAGUAAGACUGUACCAGAGAACAACUCUCCUGGGUUUUCUGUGUUCACUCUCAGUGCUAGUGAUGCAGACUGGGGCCAAAACGCUCGGGUCUCUUACUUCCUGGAGGAUAAAGAGAUUAAUGGAGCAGCUGUGUCUUCGUUAGUGUCAGUAAAUUCAGAAAAUGGUGUCAUUCAUGCAGUGAGGUCGUUUGAUUAUGAACAAAUCAAGUGGUUUGAAUUUAACGUGACUGCUCGUGAUGCUGGAUCCCCUCCUCUGAGUUCAGUUGCUACAGUUAGAUUAAUAGUCCAGGACCAGAACGACAACCCUCCUCAGGUCCUGUACCCAGUCCAGACUGGUGGAUCUCUGGUGGCUGAACUGGUUCCUCGUUCAGCAGAUGUGGGCUAUCUGGUCACUAAAGUGGUGGCUGUUGAUGUGGACUCUGGACAGAAUGCCUGGCUCUCCUAUAAACUGCAGAAAGCCACAGACAGGGCGCUGUUUGAAGUGGGCUUACAGAAUGGAGAAAUAAGAACUAUCCGCCAAGUCACUGAUAAAGAUGGUGUGAAACAAAGACUGACUGUUAUAGUGGAGGACAACGGGCAGCCCUCUCGUUCAGCUACAGUCAUUGUUAACGUGGCGGUGGCGGACAGCUUCCCUGAAGUGCUGUCUGAGUUCACUGACUUUACACACGACAAGGAGUACAAUGACAACCUGACUUUUUACUUAGUGUUGGCUCUGGCUGUAGUCUCCUUCCUCUUCAUCACGUGUUUAGUGGUUAUUAUAUCAGUGAAGAUCUACAGGUGGAGACAGUCUCGCGUCCUGUAUCACUCCAGUCUCCCUGUGAUUCCAUAUUAUCCACCACGUUACUCAGACACUUUGGGGACAGGGACUCUCCAACACGUGUACAACUACGAGGUGUGCAGGACGACUGACUCCAGAAAGAGUGACUGUAAGUUCGGAGGAGCCGGUAGUCAGAACGUGCUGAUAAUGGACCCCAGUUCUACAGGGACGAUGCAGCGGAUACAGAGUGAGAAGAGCAUCCUGGAUGAACCAGACUCUCCUUUAGAGGUUGGUUAAUUGAUCAAACAUUCU